AUGGAGUCCGCCGCCGUAUCGCAGCUGUUCAAGCAGCUUUUUCAACAUCGUCCCUGCCGAACAUGUCUCUCGCGCCAAGUCCGGCAAGCGCCUCGUCGACUGUACAGCUCUCAGAAGCAACACACAAGCCCAAACUACCAAGGACGUCGCAAGGAAGACAGCAAGCUUGAGAGCAACUGGCAGCAACGCAGCAUCUCAUUCCCUCCGGACAAGCUCGAAGAGUUCAAGAGAUAUCCACAAGUCACCUCGGAUGGCCUACGUGCGAGGAAGGAGCGACCGAGGCGAGUGCGCAUGCUGAUGCGCGACUUUAUCGAGGACAGUCUGUACAACCCACAAUACGGCUACUUCUCAAAACACGUCGUCAUCUGGACUCCUGGCGAACCCUUUGACUUCAAUCAACUUCCCGACGAACAAUCAUUCUACCGCGAAUACGGCCAACGCUACAACGAUUUCGAGGACCAACUGGACGCAAAAGAAUACAACGAGACUCGUCAACUAUGGCAUACUCCCACAGAGCUUUUCCGUCCAUACUAUGGUGAGGCCAUUGCCCGCCAUCUGGUUGCAAACUAUAAGCUUCAGUUAUACCCUUAUCACGACCUGCUCAUCUACGAAAUGGGUGCUGGAAACGGAACUCUCAUGAUGAACAUUCUCGACUACAUCCGCCAGACCGAUCCUGAAGUCUAUGCACGCACCCGAUUCCGUGUCAUCGAAGUUUCUUCUGCUCUGGCCUCGAUCCAAGGAAACCAAUUGAUGAGAAACGCUCAGGCCAAGGGUCACGCCGACAAGGUCUCCAUCAUCAACAAGUCCAUCUUCGACUGGGACAUUUAUGAGGCCUCCCCUUGUUUCUUCCUAGCCAUGGAAGUCUUCGACAACUUCGCCCACGAUGUUAUCAGAUACGACCCCUUCACCGAAGAACCUCUCCAAGGCUCCGCUCUUGUCGAUGCGAACGGCGACUUUUACGAAUUCUACUCGAAAGACAUAGACCCAGUAGCCUCCCGCUUCUUGCGCGUUAGAGACGCCGCCUGUAGUGAUAUCAACUACGCACAUCCUCUACGCAAUUCUCCCGCCAUGCUCAGAAAGCUGAGGAGUAAAUUGCCCUUCGCUCCCAAUCUCAGCACACCGGAAUACAUCCCUACGAGGUUGAUGCACUUUUUCGAUAUCUUGCAUAAAUACUUCCCCGCGCAUAAACUGGUCACUUCGGACUUCCAUGCGCUACCUGAUGCUGUGGAUGGUGUUAACGCACCUGUGGUUCAGACCCGCUAUCAACGUCGCAUGGUUCCCGUCACCACUCCCCUUGGUACGNUUCACCAAGGCUUCUUUGAUAUCCUGUUCCCCACAGACUUUGCAGUCAACGAAGCCAUCUACCGUGCCAUCACUGGCAAACUCACCCGCGUCAUGAAGCACGAAGAUUUCUUCAAGCGAUGGGCCUAUGUCGAGGAUACUCAAACGAGGAACGGAGAGAACCCGCUCUUGAGCUGGUACAAGAACGCCUCCGUCAUGAUCACCGUAUAG